AUGACAUCCUUUACUGGAAAGGUCGUGACUGUUACCGGCGCUGCGUCAGGGAUGGGACUGGCAACUGCUAAGCUCCUAUGCUCUAGAGGGGCUCUGUUGUCGCUCGCAGACAUUCGAAAAGAUCACUUAGACGCGGCCUUAUCACAGAUUACAGAAUCGAACCAAUGUCCUGACAACACCAAUAUCUUGACCUUCGGCGUUGACAUCAGAAAGAGCGAAGAGGUUGACAGCUGGAUCGACGCAACCGUGAAGCACUUUGGGCGACUGGACGGCGCUGCCAACGUUGCUGGAGUUUUGGGAAAGUCAUUUGGGACGGGUAGCUUGACAGAGAUCGACGACCAGGAGUUCGACUUCAUCACCGGUGUCAAUUUCAAGGGCCUAUUCAAUUGCCUACGGGCUGAAUUGAGAGUCAUAUCCAAAGGGGGAAGUAUAGUUAAUGCAUCAAGCUCGACUGGCUUGGAGGGCCAUCCCAAAAACUCUGUCUACUCGGCAACAAAGCAUGCUGUGAUCGGCCUGACCAAGAGUGCUGCGGGCGAGUUUGGCGAACAAGGUAUACGAGUGAAUUGCGUGGCUCCGGGUACCAUCAAGACACCGAUGGUGACGGCUAUUGGUGGGUUGAACAAGGAUAAUAUGUCUUCAGUUUUCGCCCGAGUGCCACUGAAGCGAAUGGGUGAAGCAGAUGAGGCCGCAAAGGUGUUCGUUUUCUUACUGAGCGACGAAUCCAGCUACAUGACUGGAGCGACGGUAGUAGUGGAUGGAGGUUUAUUAUGCUAG